AUGGCGCAGGGUUUCUCAGUAGGCUUCGACCCACUGGGUCUAGGAGACCUAAGCUCCGGCUCUCUGAGCUCCAUCUCCUCCCGAGGCCACCUAGGCAGCCACUCAGGCUCCACCGCAACGCGAUACCUGCUAAGGAAGCAGCAACGGCUGCUGAACGGGCCCCCCCGCGGAAUCCGAGCCUCAUCGCCCAUGGGACGCGUCAUCCUCAUCAACUCCCCCAUCGAAGCCAACAGUGAUGAAAGUGACAUCAUCCAUUCAGUCCGGGUGGAGAAGAGUCCAGCAGGGAGGCUGGGCUUCAGCGUGCGUGGGGGCUCAGAGCAUGGCCUGGGCAUCUUCGUCAGCAAAGUGGAGGAAGGCAGCAGUGCAGAGCGGGCUGGCCUGUGCGUGGGGGACAAGAUCACGGAAGUGAACGGGCUAAGCCUGGAGAGCAUCACCAUGGGUAGCGCCGUGAAGGUGCUGACGGGCAGCAGCCGCCUGCACAUGAUGGUGCGGCGCAUGGGCCGUGUGCCAGGCAUCAAGUUCUCCAAGGAGAAGACCACGUGGGUGGAUGUGGUGAAUCGGCGCCUGGUAGUGGAGAAGUGCGGUUCGACACCGUCCGACACCAGCUCAGAAGAUGGUGUCCGGCGCAUCGUCCACCUAUACACAACCUCCGACGACUUCUGCCUGGGCUUCAACAUCCGUGGGGGCAAGGAGUUUGGCUUGGGCAUCUACGUGUCCAAAGUGGACCAUGGUGGGCUGGCCGAGGAGAAUGGCAUCAAGGUGGGGGACAAGGUCCUGGCGGCCAACGGUGUCAGGUUUGACGACAUCAGCCACAGCCAGGCCGUGGAGGUGCUGAAGGGCCAAACGCACAUCAUGCUGACCAUCAAGGAGACCGGUCGGUACCCUGCCUACAAAGAGAUGGUUUCUGAGUACUGCUGGCUGGAUCGACUGAGCAACGGGGUGCUGCAGCAGCUGUCCCCGGCCUCUGAGAGCAGCUCCAGCGUCUCUUCGUGCGCCUCCAGCGCCCCCUACAGCUCAGGCUCCCUGCCCUCGGACCGCCUGGACGUCUGCCUGGGGCCUGAGGAGCCCGGCGGCCGCGGCCCAGGCUGGGGGCGGGCCGACACAGCCAUGCAGACGGAGCCUGAUGCCGGGGGCCGGGUGGAGACCUGGUGCAGCGUGCGGCCCACAGUCAUCCUCAGGGACACCGCCAUCCGCUCGGAUGGCCCCCAGCACGGCCGCCGCCUUGACUCUGCCCUCUCUGAGUCCCCCAAGACGGCCUUGCUACUGGCCCUCAGCCGACCCCGGCCCCCUAUCACGCGCUCCCAGAGCCACCUGACCUUGUGGGAGGAGAAGAAGCAGCGGAAGAAGGAGAAGUCGGGGUCCCCUGGGGAGAAGGGUGCCCUGCAGCGCUCCAAGACGCUGAUGAACCUCUUCUUCAAGGGAGGGCGUCAGGGGAGGCUAGCAGGGGAUGGGCGCAGAGAGGCCUGGACACUGGACAGCGGGAUCCCGGCCAAAGCUUGCUCUCACCUGGACAUAGAGAAAGCAGGGAGCGUGGGCCCAGUGCAGAAAUUUGUCACCUGGAGACUGAGACGCGACCGGGAGAGGGGCCAGGCCCUGCUGUCUGCCAGGUCCAGGAGUCCCUGCAGCCAGCUGCCCAACGUGGAUGAGCAGGUUCAGGCCUGGGAGAGCCGGCGGCCCCUCAUUCAGGACCUGGCCCAAAGGCUGCUGACUGAUGAUGAGGUGCUGGCUGUCACCCGCCACUGCUCCCGGUAUGUGCAUGAGGGAGGUGUGGAGGACCUGGUGAGGCCCCUGCUGGCCAUCCUGGACAGGCCUGAGAAGCUGCUGCUGCUGCGGGACAUCAGGAGUGUGGUGGCCCCCACAGACCUGGGCCGCUUUGACAGCAUGGUGAUGCCUGUGGAGCUGGAGGCUUUUGAGGCCCUCAAGAGCAGAGCAGUCCGGCCUCCUGCUUUGAGACCAGCCCGGCAGGACACGCCGCCCAAGCGUCACCUUAUCACCCCGGUGCCUGACAGCCGCGGAGGCUUCUACCUGCUGCCGGUGAACGGCUUCCCGGAAGAGGAAGAUGAUGGGGAGCUGAGGGAGCGGCUGGGGGGCCUCAAGGUCUCCCCGAGUGCCUCUGCCCCUCGCCACCCUCAUAAAGGGAUCCCCCCUCUUCAAGACGUGCCAGUAGAUGCCUUCACCCCCCGCCGAAGUGCCUGCACACCCCCUCCCCAGCCACCCCCUGUGGCUCCCCGGCCCCCGCGGCCUAACUGGCUGCUGACAGAACCCCUGAGCCGAGAGCACCCUCCACAUGGCCAGGUCCGGGGCCAGGCUCAGAGCCGCAGCCGCAGCCGCAGCAGCCGGGGUCAAGGCAAGUCUCGGGGUAGACGCUCCCCAUCCCCUGCACCUACCCCUGCCCCCAGCAUGGCCAAUGGGCGCUACCACAAGCCCCGGAAGGCCAGGCCCCCUCUGCCACUAUCUCUGGAUGGGGAGGCAGCCAAGGUGGGGGCCAAGCAAGGGCCCUCGGAGAAUGGAACUGAGGGGAUGGCCGAGGAGGCAGCCAUGAAGACCCCCAGUGGCGAGCUGAAGACAGUGACACUGUCCAAGAUGAAGCAGUCUUUAGGCAUCAGCAUUUCUGGGGGCAUUGAGUCCAAGGUGCAGCCCAUGGUGAAGAUAGAGAAGAUCUUCCCUGGGGGGGCCGCCUUCCUCAGUGGGGCCCUGCAGGCUGGUUUCGAGCUUGUGGCAGUGGACGGAGAGAGUCUGGAGCAGGUGACCCACCAGCGUGCAGUAGACACUAUCCGUCGGGCUUAUCGAAACAAGGCCCGGGAGCCCAUGGAGCUUGUGGUCAGGGUCCCCAGGCCCAGCCCACGGCCCUCACUCUCUGACUCAUCAGCCCUUACUGAUGGGGGCCUUCCUGCUGACCACUCGCCUGCCCACCAACCCCUUGACGCUGCUCCAGUUCCUGCCCACUAG